AGGAAGUGGGGAAAAAACGAGAAGUUUGUGGAUAACGACCAUUACAAAUCAUUGAAUCAUGUUUUUGUAAACGAAACGGCCCACAGUGCAGAUUGGUUAUUCCUGAAAGUAAAGAUCAGGGCAAAGGACCCACAGGUUGAAAAUAUUGAAGAUCAAGGAAUGCAACUGAAGUAAAAGUAUUGAUCGAGAGGAAAUAUUUCCUGCAAAAUGGCGGCGACUCCAGCUCAAACUCAAGAACCAGUCGCUAUAGAAAAAGAAUCUGUAACCAGAAAUGAGGGAGGCUGUUCAAAGUUUAUUGACUGGCUCUGGGUUACAAACCGAGGAUCUGACGGAGACCAGGAGUUAUUUGUGAAGCAGACGUUCCGGGAGCUGAUCAUCUACUUAGUCUUCCUCAUAUUUGUGUGUAUAAUUUCGUUUGGAAUGUCAUCAACCAGCAUGUACUACUACACCAAGUUGAUGAUGGAUCUGUUUUUGGAAUCAGAAAGUAAAGAUGGGGUCAGCUUUAGGUCUAUAUCGACAGUCAAAGAUUUUUGGAAGUACGCGGAAGGCCCGCUGAUGGACGGCCUGUACUGGGACACGUGGUACAACGGCCAGUCCCUGCCGCCCACAACCGAGGGCUACAUCUACUAUGAGAACAAGCUGAUGGGCGUGCCCCGCCUACGUCACCUCCGGGUCCGCACCAACUCGUGCAGCGUCAACGAAGAGUUCCAGAACUUCAUCUCCGACUGCUACUCCGUCUACUCCUUUGAGUCAGAGGAAAAGCAGGCGUUUGGUAUUGGCCUGUCAGGAGAGAAUAACUCAGCCUUCAAGUACCACAGUAACGAGGAGCUGGAAGGCUUCAUCUACUGGGGCAAGCUGCACAUGUACAGCGGGGCAGGCUACAUCCAGGACCUCAGCUUGAAGCGGGAGGAAUCAGAGAAAAUGAUUCAGAACUUGUACUCCAACUUGUGGAUUCAGCGCGGGGGGAGAGCCGUGUUUGUUUCCUUUACAGUGUACAACGCCAACAUUAACCUGUUCUGUGUGAUCACCUUGCUGGUGGAGUUCCCGUCCACGGGCGGCGCUGUGCCCUCCUGGAGUUUCCUUACCGUCAAGCUCAUCCGCUACGUCAGCGACUUUGACUUCUUCGUGAUGGCCUGCGAGAUCAUCUUUGUGGUGUUCAUCCUGUACUAUGUGGUGGAGGAGAUUCUAGAGAUCGUCAACUCUGGCUGCAGCUACUUUGCCGACUUCUGGAACGUUCUGGACCUGCUGCUCAUCUUCAUGGCGGUGCUGUGCUCGGUGUUCAACGUGCUGCGAGCCACCAUCGUCGACAAGAAGCUCAGACAGCUCCUGGAACAGCCCAACGAGUACGCCAACUUCAACUUCCUGGGCUUCUGGGAGACCCGCUUCAACAACGCGGUGGCUAUCAUGGUGUUCCUGGCUUGGGUCAAGGUGUUUAAGUACAUCAGCUUCAACAAGACCAUGACUCAACUGUCCACGACCCUGAGCCGUUGCGCCAAAGACCUCCUGGGCUUCUUCAUCAUGUUCUUCAUCGUGUUCCUGGCCUUCACACAGCUGGGUUAUCUGCUCUUUGGCACACAGGUCAAUGACUUCUGCACGUUCAUGAACUCCUUCUUCACCCUGUUCCGGAUCAUCCUGGGUGACUUUGACUUCCACCAGCUGGAGCAGGCCAAUCGCAUCCUGGGCCCCAUCUUCUUCAUGCUCUUUGUCUUCUUCGUCUUCUUCGUGCUCAUCAACAUGUUCCUGGCCAUCAUCAACGACACCUACUCCGAGGUCAAGUCCGACAUGGCCAAGCAGACAGAUGUCUUCAUCAUGUCGGAUUACUUAAAGCAGACCUACGACAAGUUCUGGGACCGUCUGGUCACCACCAAAGAGAAGCUGGAGGGUUUUGAGAAAAUACUGAGGACUGAAGGCUACAGUGAGAGAAGUGUGGACUUCAACGAAUGGAAAACAGAGCUUGAGAAGCAAGGGUACAAUGAAGACGAUAUUGAAACGAUAUUUGUCAAAUUUGACGUCGAUGGAGAUCGCACUCUGGACCCCUCGGAGCAAAAGAAAAUGUUGGAGGAACUUGAAAAACAGAAGGGCGCAAUGGAUGGUGGGAAGAAAAAGAGUUCUGCUCUCGUCACGACGUUCGGCGACCAGGAGGAGGGGGAGGACAGUGACGAGGAAGGCAUAGGAGGCACCAAAGAGUUUGUUCCCUUCGACGAGUUUGUGUCUCUGGUUCGCCGCGUGGACCGUAUGGAGGGCACCAUGGGUGGGAUCAUCACUAACAUCGAUGCUGUCCUCGCUCAACUGGCCACACUCAAGUACUGAGCCAGAAGAACCAGCAAGCCAUGUCAGGUUUUGGCGGGCUUUGGAGCUCUUUGCCAUCGGCUGCUGGUAGCUUCCAAAACGAUGUGAGGAGCAAGAGAUGUAGCGAGCAGUCUACAUGAUUCCGUUUUGCAUUGCGUUUUAAAUGUACUUUUAAUUUUAAAGUGUUUCGAUUUUUAGCAUUGUCAGAUAUAUUUUGGUUAAAAAAUUGGCGGUUUUUAAGUUUUUCCCUUUGCUGUUGAGAAAGGCUGCUUUCCAAGUUUGUUCUAAAUGUUCACCUUUGAGCAGGUAAAGUUAAAGGUUAAGUUCCCAUAUCCGAUUUGGACAAUGGGGAUUCUCUUGUUAGUGAGACAACUUCCUGGGCCUUCGGCAUAUUGUGGUAGGGUGGCCAGUUCCUUUCCACGCCGCCUUUACUUUCCCAACUCGAAGUCAGGUACCCAUUACUGCUGGGUGGGCAGGAGGGGGCGAAAAAAAUCUGUGUCUGAACCGAGGCUCGAACUCGGACUUUCCACUUCGGAGACGAGCGCACUAACCGCUCUGCCACUGUUCACUGUUGUGACGUAUGGUGCUACUUCAAGUUGAAAGGGAGCAUGUUUUCAGAAAAAAAAGAAACUAAAGUUAUAAUGACGUUGUGACAAAUCUGCUUCACUGUCGUUGUUGAUCUAUUUUAUCUGGUACUUCUUGUUCUCAUUUGUUUGGUGCAGGAAUUCAGGCAUUUCAGGAAUUAAAAUAUUUUUUGGCCCUCUUAA